AUGCCUAAUAUUGUAAGGAGUCAACUUAAAGGUGGCAUUAUACCACCUCGCCGGGCACUCAUUACAGUGUGGGCGCUCUGGCAGUAUCCCAGCCCACGUACAACCAUGAAUUGUACAUACACAAAUAAACUCGUGCCAUAUCGGCCGUCGCGUGGUGCCAUCAGCCGGGUCGCCUUACUUGCUGCAUACAGCAGGGCGGGUAGGCGAAAACAGGCUACUGCUGACACCUCCCUUCUUUCUCCUUCACAUACAUCUUCCCCCUCUCCCCACCCCAUUAACAACUCUCUUCUUGUAGGCCCAGCACCUAGGACUGAUGACUCCGUUCGUUAUGCAUCGGUUUUGCGUGCAGCAUCUGCUCGUCACAUGGUGCCGACAUCUUCAGGAAUCUCCAAAUCAAUCCUCAAGCCUCGACACCCAGUCUAUCUGGCCGCGUUCAAUGGAAUAAUCUGUGUUUCAAACAGCGGCGAACUGAAGGAGGUUCCUUGCUGGGCUGUAGCAGUAUCCCAGUACAGUCAUAACCGACUGCCAUUCGUUUGCCACACGGAGUUCAACGUUGAAAUCAUGUUUACCGUAGUCGGUGAUUCAAGUGUGCUUUUAAACCAGACGACACCGUUGGUUGAAGAAGUGAGAACUGACCGUAAUUCGAGCUACGCAAACCCAAAGGGGCAAGGCGGCGGUGCUUUUUUCCGACAAAGUCUUGUGGAAGUGGAAAACUUGAACCAGACUUAUACCAUUAUCUUGCUCACGAGUUUCAUGAUAGCCGUCAGUAUCAUGAAGGUCUUCUACAGUCUGAAGCUAUGGUAUUUUCACUUUAUUCCUGAAUCGCUCUCACUUCUGGGCAUCGGAGUGAUAUUUGGGUGUGUCAUGAAGUAUUUUGGUAUGAAAGUUCGCUUCCUCACUGAACAAACGUUUUUUGUCCUUUUUCUUCCACCGAUCAUAUUCGAAGCCGUUCUGCACCUUCAGAAAACAUACUUCAUCAGAAACCUACCAGUAAUAUUAAUCUUUGGGUUUAUCGGAACGUUUUUCAACUUUAUCUUUCUUACCCUUAGUUUUUUACUAUUAAAUGAAACGUCGAUUUUCUCAUCGGAGGGGCUACGUUUGCACCCAACAGCUCUGAUUCUGUUUGCGAUCCUAGUGGGUUCAAUCGAUGCAACAAUGGUGCUCGGUAUUCUCGGAGAGCUCCACGUUAACCCUAGUUUGUACUUUAUUUUUCUCGGAGAAUCCGUGAUUAAUGAUGGGGUUAUCGUUGUCCUAUUUAAUUAUGUUCACACCAUUAGUUGUCAACCACAAUACGUGAGCAGACAGGGAGCUCACCUUCUCAUUGCUUAUGGUAUAUUAGUACUGGUCGUUAAAAUUGUUGGUAGUUGCAUUCUCGGAGCUACUAGUGGCUGUCUGACUUGUUUCGUAACAAAAUAUACCUACAGUUACACGGUUAUAGAACCCUUGCUAGUUUUAAGCUCUUGCUACCUUACCUAUCUGUUUGACUACAGCAUAAGUUGGUCGGGCGUUUUUUCUCUUCUAUUCUUUGGCCUUAUUCAACUUUCUUACACUUUCGAAAACAUAUCCCCGAAAUCCCGUUUGACGAUAAAGCUAUUCACGCAUAUGACUGCAGCUACCUCAGAAUCCCUAAUCUUUCUCACCAUUGGAUAUAAUCUCGUAGUCCACAUGUCAAAAUGGUACACAAACUUCAACUUGAUCGCUCUGUGCUUGUGCACAUUAUCACGUUUUUUGGUGGUCUACACAUUAUCAUCACUGGCUGGCUGGUUUAAUUGGUUAUCAAAUCCGAUUUCACCUUCAAUGAAGCUAAUUAUAGCGCUGUGUGGGAUGCACGGACCCAUCAGCCAUAGCCUAGUGGAAAUUGUGAAACCCACAUGUGUCAUCCCGCUGGGCUUACAUCCAAGCAUGUUGCAGACUACGGUAUUGUUCAUUGCCUUUGUUACCGUGAUCAGUAUGAGCAUCUUAAUUCGACCACUGUUAUGUGUAUUCCGGAUGAAAGUGGAGAAGCAGCCGCUGAGUUUGUUCACCAUGCUCAACGAACGGAUGAUAAAGAAAAUGCUGGAUGGUGUGGAGGUCAUCACUGGUUUCGGUGGAGGCAACAAACUAACCACGAGGAUAUUCACGUGGGAAAAACGCCUGCGGAGAUUCCUUCUGCGUGAACAUGCUACGCACGAUGAACUCGUCAAAGUGUUUGGAAAGAUUAUGAUGAACUUACAUUAUGCAAGUCUAGCUUCAACAUCAGCCGAAGUUGAACAUUACCUAUCUCGGCUAGCUCCAACUGCAAAGAUUUUAACAGCACGUCAGGACCCUUUAAACCCAAUGCCUAGAAAGAAUAGCCAGAAACCUGAAUUUGGAAGUGAGAUUUUUCGUUCCUACGUAGCACUUCCAAUGGAUGACAUUCUUGAAUCAAGUAUGUGGAAAACCGAAUUAGCCAAGGAGUUCCUACAAGUGCAGUCAAUAAUGGGAAUGGCUAAAUCACGAGAGACGUGCGGUAAUUUUAAGGCUGUUAGCUUCAGUGGCUCCGAAGUACACCCAGAUCAACCGUUGGCCGGGCUAAAGCGCAGACCAAAACUGCCAGAUAACUUCAUCGAUGGUGAGUUUUCCGUAACGGAUGAGACCGUUGGAAAUCGGUCUGACAGCAUCAAGGUAACGUCGAAAUAUAACACAUCCAGCUCCAGCACAUCGUCCAUCAGUUCCAUCAAUGUCGUUGGGAAGCAGCCAACCUGCACCAGAAUGAUCCACCUAAUGAAGACAAUAGGAACAAAACUUCAACCAGUGGAACUUAACCCAGACAGAGGGAUUACAGAAAUUCAGCGUGUAAAAGCUCAACUUGGAGAACAUCUGUCUUACGCUGAUCGAAUGCGCCACGCCAUCACACUCAAACAAUCUGCACUACGGAGACAACGGUUGGGAACAAGUGAACGAAAACGCCAUGUGAUGCACCUUUUUCCGUCCAGAAAUUCUGUCGACAACUUAGUGCCACGUACCGUGAUGCUGACUACACUGGAACAAGCACAAAGUUCACAGAGAACUACGGGCCAUCCAACAACUAAGAAAAAAGCUCUCAGUUUGCUCAACCUGCAAGAAAUGAGUCUGAUGAAUACAGAUUUUGAGAACAAUAAACGGAAGGACCAUGAGAAAGCGGAACAGUAG